UUGAAUCACAAGGCCCAUUCCGUGACUGUUAGGGCACAACACCAACAAGAAAAAAAAAAUCAAAAAAUUACUCAGCAAUUAUUUUCAGGUCGAUUGACAGAAUCAUCUCCAAUACAGUUUCAGGUCAGAUUUUACUAAAACUAUGGAGAAAGGUAAAGGCAAAAGGAAGUCUAGAACCGAUUUGGAAACCGAGUCCGAGUCUGAGUCGUACUCCGACGAUUCUGACCACCGUCGUAGCCGCCGCAGUCGAAGAGACCGUGAUCGGAGUCGAGGCAAGUCUAAAAGUAGCCGCCGGGUUAUUACUCAGAAGGAAAUUGACGAGUACUUGGGCAAGAAAGCUCAACGCAAGGCAUUGAAAGUCGCUAAAAAAUUAAAGUCGGAUUCUUCUGCAGUGUACUCCAAUGAUUCAAAUCCGUUCGGAGAUUCAAAUCUCAAUGAAAAAUUUAUAUGGAGGAAAAAAAUUGAUCGCGAUGUUGCUCAAGGCGUCCCACUUGAAAACUUCUCAAUUAAAAAAGAGAAGCAAAGACGGAUAGAAAGCAUGGCGGAGAUUGAAAAGGUUAAAAAGAGAAGAGAAGAGAGAGCACGUGAAAAGGCACAACAUGAGGAAGAAAUGGCAUUGCUUGCGAGGGAGCGUGCAAGAGCUGAGUUCCAAGACUGGGAGAAAAAAGAAGAGGAGUUCCAUUUUGAUCAAAGCAAAACAAGAUCACAAAUCAGAUUGCGGGAAGGCCGAACUAAGCCCAUAGAUAUCCUAUCAAAGCAUCUCAAUGCAUCGGAUGAUAUGGACAUUGAGAUAAAUGAGCCCUUUGUCAUUUUCAAGGGCUUGACUGUAAAGGAGAUUGAAGAACUUCGUGAUGACAUCAAAAUGCAUCUCGAUAUGGAUAGGCAAACUCAAAUGCAUAUUGAUUAUUGGGAGGCGCUUCUAGUGGUCUGCAAUUGGGAGCUGGCUGAAGCCCAGAAGAAGGAUGCAUUGGAUCGAGCUAGGGUGCGUGGGGAGGAACCUCCUGCUGAGUUGCUUGUAGACGAGAGGGGUCUGCAUUCUAGUAUUGAAUCAGACAUUAGGAAUCUCUUGGAAGAUAAAACUUCUAGUGAACUUGCGAACAUGCAGUCCCAGAUUGAAUCACAAAUGAGUUCUGGCACAGCCAAGGUAGUUGAGUACUGGGAGGCUAUUCUCAAACGACUUCAGAUCUAUAAAGCAAAGGCUCGCUUGAAGGAAAUUCACGCUAAGAUAUUGCGCAAAUAUUUACACGGUCUUGAGCCACGUUUGGACAUCCCCGAGAGUUCGAAACAUGAUCAUAGUUUACCCCAUAGUGAGGAGGAGGAGGAUGAACAUGAGAAUAAGGAUGUUGAAACAUUCUCUCCAGAACCUGUGACGAACGAUGAAAAUCACGAGGCGGAAGAAGAAGAAGAAGAAGAAGGGUCCUUUUCACCUGAAUUGCUACAUGGUGAUGACAAUGAAGAAGCCGUUGAUCCUGAAGAAGAUAGGGCCAUAUUAGAAAGAAAACGAAUGGCUGUUUUAGAGGAACAGCAAAGAAGAAUGCAAGAGGCCAUGGCAUCAAAACCACCUCUACCAGAUGAUAAUUUUGAGAUCAAAGCCAUGAAAGCUAUGGGUGUUAUGGAGGAAGGUGAUGCAUUAUUUGGCUCUGGUGCGGAAGUGAAUCUGGACUCGCAGGUUUACUGGUGGCAUGAUAAGUAUCGACCAAGAAAACCCAAAUAUUUCAACCGUGUUCACACAGGAUAUGAGUGGAACAAGUAUAAUCAGACGCACUAUGAUCAUGACAACCCACCCCCAAAGAUUGUGCAAGGAUAUAAGUUCAAUAUCUUCUACCCAGACCUCGUUGACAAGAUAAAGGCUCCGACUUAUACCAUUGAGAAAGAUGGGAACAACGAUGAGACUUGCAUUAUACGGUUUCAUGCUGGACCACCUUACGAAGAUAUCGCAUUCCGAAUUGUCAACAAAGAAUGGGAAUAUUCUCACAAGAAGGGUUUUAAGUGCACAUUCGAACGAGGAAUUUUACAUGUUUACUUCAACUUCAAGCGUUAUAGAUACCGCAGAUGAUUCCUUUUAAAUUUUUCUUCUGAAUCUGGGGAAUACAUUAUUAAGUUGUUCAAAACAGAAAUAGAGUGCUAUGCAGAUGCACGAGUAGAUUAUCAUAGCACAAAUUUUAGUUACAAAAUUUUGGUGUAAGAAUGCACAUAUUCUGUUCAUGGUAAGAUCUAGAAACAAAAAGAUUAUUUUUCAUUGUGAUAAUGAUUUUUCUCUAUUUUUGUCAA